UUGGUUUUGAGUCUUCGCGCUGGAAGUUGUGCUGCUCGCGUUUGGAGUGUAAGUGCAGCCUCAGAAAUUCCGGCCUGUGAUUGCAAUUGAAGGCACGUCGUCGUGUGUUUCGCUGUGUUUUAAGUCUGUUUUAGUGUUUGCUGUUCAGGGUACUUGACUGCCACUGUCUGCUGGUGUGUGUGUUGUUGGUUGUUGAAAUCCGCGCGAACGUACAUACACAUGUAUGUGUAUGUAAUCCGAACCACAGCGAUCUAUUCAUAGGUCCGCCUUAUAACUUGAGGGCGCCAACCAAGCCGCCGACCUCUGACCCACAAAGCGUAAGACACCGCAGACUUAACGAUGCUAAUGCCAGCCAGCCAGCCAGCCAGCCUUGUGCAAUGGCCCCCGGUAUCAGAGCGAUAAGGCUAACCAGUGGCUAACCAGUGGCGGGCCAGAGCUCUAGAGCUGUGAAUUAGUGGCGACUGGCACAUAGAAUUGGUCGGAGCUUCGAGCUUCUGUCCAAAAUAUAAGCCCGCUUCUGGUCGAUGGUUACGUCAAUUUCCAUUCGCGUUCGAGUUCGAGUUCUCGUGUGCAGCUCUAACCUUGAAUGCUGAGCGAUGAGGUCGUGGCCUGGCCUUUUCUGGCUGCUGACCCUGGCGCUCCUGGCAGAUGGAGGUCGUCGCGAGUCCCAGCUCCGGAUCGGCAAGGCCAUCAAUAUAUUCCUGCGCUACGGCUACCUGGGCAUCUCCAUGCGGGUGAUACCGCUCAAUGACAACUCGGAGCCGGAUCGCUGGGUGUUCAAGGAGCCCACCAAAAACAUCUACAGGAACCUAAGUGGCCUGGCGGAGAGCCACGAAGACACCACACCCGGGAUCUUCCACGGAGACUUUCACAUGGAGUUCUGCGAGAACCGGAGGCAGCUGUUCCAGGCCUACUUCCGUGACUUUUCCAUCGAGCAGAUGGACAAGCCGUGGGAGGCAUUUACGGCGGGAUGGUUUCCGGACAAUGCGGCCAAGAAGCUGGGCAUCAAUACGUCGUUUAUCCAAGGCGAUUACUCGUACGUUUUGGUGAGGGUGGUGCGCUUCAGGGAGACGGGUCGUCUGAACGCCGAGAUUCCGGUGCACCAGCCAUUGGAGCCGGAUGUGCGAUCGAGAAUGGCUCAGCUGCAGAUCGGAAACAUAACCUCCGCAAUCCGAUUCAUGGAGGACGUGGGCACCCACUACGUCAACUCGUACACCACCGGCAAUUCGCUGUACCAGGUGUUUGUGUACAGCAGAAAGAACUACAGCAUGAUCAAGGAGCGCAUCAAGAGUAAGGGUCUGAACGGGCUGUCCAAGCUGGAUCUGUACAACUACUUUGCGCCCUGGUUCGCCACCCAUCUCGGCCAGAUUCGAUCGGCUAGUGCCAAUGCCACAGUGGAGAGAUGGGCGAGAAGGAAGCUGCAGUACGAGUACUAUGUGGUCAAGUAUGUGACCCUGCUGAAGCUGCACGGUAAUAGUACUCUCCUGCGAUCCCUGGACUCGCUGCUGGGCAACGAUGCCAUCCUGCAGCUGGACCUCAAGUCGCUGAAGCCCAUCUUCCGGGAGGAGCCGGAGAAGGAGAGCUGGUACCACGAGGUUCUCGACAACAAUGUGAAGCUCUGGGAGCUCAACAUGCCGCAGAAUCCACCCAGCCGAUAGCUGCAUUUUGAAUAUAUGUUUCGUGUGCGAUAUGUGGCAGCCAAGGAUCAAUAGUUCCUAGAUGCUUAGUUGUAGUUAGGAGCCUCUAGUGCGUAGUUAAUGUUCUGCCUGUGAUAGUUUUAGGUAGUUUAAUUGAACCAGAGUACACAUCUGACUUGCAUUUCAGCUGACUAGCCCGUAAGAUCGCCUUUGUACUAGUUGUUUAAACUUUAAUACAAAUCGAUGAUAGAAGUAAAAAUCUUACCUUUUUGAAUA